CAAUAACCAGGGCCUGUUUUGCGCGCGAUUUUCGAACACUUCGAAUAAUUCCCAGUUCCCAUUUGAUUUGAUUUUUUUUUUCCCGUUGACCACCGUACAAACAGCUUCCGAGUUUGUGCGAGGCCCCCAUGGCAGCUAGUAAACUCUCCUCCAAGCAGACCACACUUUUUGAGUCGAAAUGUGCGAAGAUCUCUGCCUUCUAUUUUGACCUGGACAAUACUCUGAUCCCGACCAGAGCCGGUGACUCCAAGGCUAUACGCAAGCUCUCAGAUCUACUUGAGUCGCAGUACCAUUUCACCAAAGAUGACGCCUUGCUGGCCACUCAGACCUUUUUGAAAUCCUUCCGCCGCUGUCCGGACAACACGCAGACCUCGCUGGACUCAUGGCGCACCCACCUGUGGCGGGAGUCGCUGCUGCCCAAGUACAAGCACCUCGCCGAUGAGAUCUAUCCACAGUGGCUACGGUUGCGAUACCGCUACCUGGCCGUGCCGGCGGACUAUGUGCAGCUGCUGACGCGAAUGCGUCGGGCCGGCUAUGCCCUGGCCCUCAUCACGAACGGGCCCUCAAAUGCCCAGUGGGAGAAGGUGGCCCGCCUGAAUGUGCGCGGCUACUUUGACUGCGUGCUGGUCUCCUCGGAUCUGCCCUGGGAGAAGCCCCAUCCGGAGAUCUUCUAUGCGGCCUGCAAUUUCCUCAAUGUCAAGCCGCACGAGUGCGCCAUGAUCGGCGACAAGCUGGAGACGGACAUCAAGGGAGGUCAUCUGGCCCAGCUCGGCCUCACCUUUUGGACGCCGCUGAGCAGCAGCAGCUCGGCGGCCCAGUCCCUGGACGAUGUCGAGUACAAGCCGCACCACAAGCUCAAUCAACUGCUGGAGCUAUACAAAUAUUUUCCCCGUCUCAAUGCCAUUGCGCAGCCCGACGCGCCAUCCACAUCCAACCGCCGCGGUAGUUAUUUGAGCGGAGGUCUGGCUGGUGCCAGCGGCAGCGGGAGCGGAUGCCCUGCCAGCACAAGUAGCCAGAGAAGCCAACCGGAGAAGCGGCAGGUAGCGUAUCGCCGUGGCGGAUCCUUGCCGGCCAUGGACUGCUCGAAUAGCGAGGCGGAGAACAGUUGCGACAGCUUCCUUUAAGGGAGAACCCGAGUACCCGAGAUUGAGUCUCGACGGAAGGCGGAACUGGCGCACCGCGCCUCGCCUCGCCAUUGGUGGAAAAUGUACCUUCAGUUUACAAAACUAUAACUAAAGAGGAAAUAGGAAUUAGAGACGGAAACCAAUAAUCAAGCUUGCAAAGAACGACGAAGAAGAAGAAGAAGUGAAUGAAAAGGAAGGAUGGAUGGAUAAUUAAUUGAUGUUAAUAAGAGGACAACCAGGCACACGGGAACCGAAUGCAGGAAUUUAAUGUUCAACUAUUAGAUGGGAGGAACCGAGAACUACGGCGAAUCUCGUUUAUCUGCCAUUAAAACUAAAAUUAAGGCUAGAACAGAAUCAGAAAUACACAAACACAAAAACUAACACUAAAAAAAAAAAAAAAGUCAAACAAAAAAUAGUUACAGAAGAAAUCACAACACAACACAAAAGGGGAACCAGGGGGAAAAACCAAAUGUAUUUUUCUAAGCGGACGUUGUUCUUCCACACAUUUUUUUGUAAAUUGAUAAGCGCAAUCAAGAAAAAAACAAAACACAAAAAACGAAAAGAAAUUGAAAAACGAUAAAACAAACAAUUAAAAUGGAACAAAAGCGAACAAGGAGAAAGUGUCGGAUGGGUAAGAUGAGUAUGUUCGAUUUGAUUGGAAGAGAAACCGUUAGAAUAGCUAUUCAAGUACAUACAUACAUGCACAUGUGUGUGUGCAUGUCGAUUGUUAACUAUUGUAGUAGUCGUAGCCAGAUACCGUUAAAGUUAAGCCGUUGGUUCGAAAUUCGAACUAGAAUUGAAUGCACCAUACACACACACACACACACAUACUCACGAACACACAGCGACUGCAAUGCUGCGGCGAAAUUAAUAAGGGUAUUCCUGGAGGAGAUUUGCAGGCACCUUGAUCCAACGGCUCUGUUAAUGAAUUUUUGAAUAAACGAAGAAACCUUAA